AUGACAGGAACGUCGUCCUCGGAGACAGUCUCCGUCGGGCGGCGGAGCCCCGCCAUGGGGAAGGAGGUGUCUCUCGCUGCCCCCUCACUUAGUACAGCUACGACGCCUUUUUCGCUUCGCACCGGCGCCGCGCUUCCUCGCGAGAUCCUGGCAUGGCUGCAGUCACUGCAACUCGGCGGCUCCGUCAAGUACCCGAAGCGGGACUUGGCCAACGGGUACGUGAUUGCGCACAUAUGCAGUCGCUACUGGCCACAUGUGCCGCUGCACAGCUUCGAGAACAAGACCGGCGCUGCGAGCAAGCAGAGCAACUGGUUUGUCCUGCGCAAGGUGCUGCGUCAGAAGGGGGUGGAUGUGAGCGCAGCCAUGGUGAACGGCAUGAUGAACGGCGCUGACGACUGCGCCAGCGCCUUCCUCCAGCAGUUGUACACGGUGCUGACUGGAAAGCACGCGGACACCGAGGUGGUGCCGCUGGAAGAUGCGCUGCCGGACGUGCCGGUCAGAAAAGUGCCGGUGUACGUGCCGACCGGCACCGGUGGCGCCGCUGCACGCACGCGGUACGGUGGUGGGGCGAGCGGUUCCGGUCUCUCCGCGAUAGUGGACGCCCACAGCGACCUCGCUGGCGGAGGCAACAAGGCCGCAUCGCUGUUCAGCGCGGCUGAGGCCGACGUCAGCAUCCUGGGCAGCGGCAGCAGCAAGGACGUGCGGAACGUCCACCCGGUGCUGCUGCCGCCAUUGCAGUCGUCACUCCCGAUGCCGCCGCAUACACAGCCCGCCACACCCCCGGCAUCCGAUUUGACAGAGGAGGCAGCAGCCGCGACUAAGCCGCUCCUCAGCGUGGCUGUGCGAGCUGCAGGGGAGGUGUCCACAGUGCUUUCAACGCAGCAAGCAUCUGCGUCGGCUGCUGUGGACGCCGCUGGCGCACCUAUCCCGGCGCAGGUCUCCUCGUUGGCCGGCUCGUGGUUCUGCAUGAAGGUGCAGGAGGCGGUGCCGGUGGACACCCUCAAAGCGCUGAUGGAGGGCGACGAAGCGGCCUUGGCGCCGAGGCCGUCGCUGCCUGCCACGCUUCGCUGGCUCUCUGCUUCUCCAUCUGGUGAUGGGGAUGGGGAGGGCGGGAUGAAAGCAGCGCUCUGGAGCACGGGCGGAGACGGCCACAACGUUCAGCAGGCAUUGCUUCGCACGGAUGCCUGGCAGACGAUCCUCGGCACUGUGCCGGAGCUAGCGCACAUCGUGGUGCACCACGGCGGCCACGGCCUCGAUGCCCUUGUGGACUGCCUGUUCGCCUCUGUCAUAAGUGCGCAGUCGCGGAUCCGUGGCGGUGCUGAGCGUGACGCCAGCGGCGGCGAGCCUUUCGCCUUCGUGCGCAACGCUGUGCACUUUAGCACCCUUCUGCUGGCGGCGCUCAGCGACCUCAACGUCCACCACGCCAUCGCCUGCUUUAAAACGUACUUUGCGGCGUCUCCAGCCUUCGCGCAAGCGUUGCGCGGGCUGCGCUGGUCGUUGGCAGCCGACUACGCCACACUCAUUACGGCCGUCUUGCCAUCAAACCGCCGACUCGCCGCCACGGUGCUGAACUCGCUAUGGGGCACCAUCGAGUACGCCGUGCGUGACUCCGCCGCCGAGGAGACGAUGCUGGACGGCGAAGCCACCGCUGGCGAUGGCGAAAGUAACUCUGCUGGCGCAGAGGACAUGGCAGAGGUGUGCCUGCUGGUGCUUCUCCGUGCCCUGUUGACCUCCCUACAGCCCAUCAGCGCCGGUGCCUCCUUGCGCAUGCCGUUGGAAGCGCCCUUAAGCAGUCACGCUCAGAUCGACGCAAGUGGACGCACAAUGACGAACACUGUCCGUCGUACAGCCCCACGCUCCCGAAGGAACACAGUUGUCACCGCGCCAACCUCGCAGGACGCCGUCACCGACGCCCUCGUGCAGCUCGCAGAGAAGCGCAGUGCGGCGGUGCUGCAGCAGUCCGCCAUGAACUCCGCGAACGCGACCGGCGUGGGUAUCGACGAGGCGGCCGAGAAGGUGGCGGCAGCGGUGGCUCUUGCCGUGCAUGUGCUGCGCAUGAAGCUGCACCCCUCACUGAUGGCGGCAUGGGUGGUGGGUGAGCGUUUCUUCGACGUCUACAACGCGCUCUUCCCUUCUUCGGGCAACGCCGCGACGCCAACACCACCAAACGCGGCGUCGCCGACGCUCUCUGUGCUUCGGGCGCGGUGGCUACGCUGGUGCCUGCUGCGGCGGCUCGAACUCGGCCUGUCCUCCCGUGCCGCUGCCUCGUUCGGGGUCCGCGACGGAGGCAGCCAUCGCGCCACCACGGCCACGCUCCCCCAGGCGCACGACUUCUCUGUGGACAGUGCCGAGAUGCGCGCGCUGCUGACAGGUGUGCAGAUGCUCUGUCACGAGCUCUCCUCCGCCGCUGAGUCGUUGAAGCCUGUAGAUGCGCAGUCGCGCGUGCUCGUGGCGUGCGCGUUGGCCGAGUCGCUCCCGUUCCUGCCAGCGAAGUACAAAGCUGAGGGCACUGGCGCAGACGGCGGCGAUGGGCAGCCAAGUGCGGAGGCAGUCGAGUCGCCUCAUGCCGGAGAUGAUGGCUUGGCCUUCGCCGAGGACGCGGCCUCUGCCGCGUUGAUAGUUUUGAUGCAGGAGGCGACGCCAGCGCAGAUGCGCUCCAUCCUUGGAAGCACAUCAGAGUUGGAGGACGAGGCGCCGUGGAUAGUGCACCGCUACGUGGGCCCUCUCAAACCGUCGGGCUUGCUUGUCGUGGAGAGCGACGCACUGCUGCUGGUCAAGGCGGCUCUCAGUGUGCUAAGCAGUGGUGGUGGCCACACAGGCAACCCCAGCAGAGGCAGAGGCUUAUCUGCAUCAUUUUCUGUGGCAGGCGAUAAAGACGUGAAGAUCACGGGUAGCACCGGCAGUGCACGUCGGCUCGCUACCCGGGCGGCAAUGAUAGCCAGAGACGGCCAGGUGGACGAGAAGAUCGCUGAGCGGGUGCGAUGGCUUGCCAGUUUGCUGGUAGAGGGCCGCGCUUGCACUCGCAGCGGCGCGCCACCCUUACUUCCGUGGCGAAGCACCGGGGAUAGUGGCGCAGUCCGUCGCUCUCCCUCGUCCCAUCGCGAAGGCACGGCCACCGUGGCUUCGGCAGCGUCAGAGGCAGAGGUGCUACAGUGGCAAGCGGUGCUGUCGCACUGCUACGAAGACCUUGUCCUGGUGAUUCAAGCCGCAAGCUCACGGUUGCGCCAACGUGGAGGGGCUGGUGCCGGUGGAAACCCUAACGCCGUCGAGACGCACUUCUCCGAGGUCGUUGGUAAGGAGCUCCUGACGCUGGCGCAGAAGGCAGAGGAGGUAGUGUGCGGCCUGUGGCGCGAGCUGGCACCGAUUCUGGCAGUAUCGCCAGCGUCAGGAUCGAAGAGCGAGUCGGAGCGGCGCCUCAUCGGCGCUGCAACCCCCUCAGUGGCCGCCAACUCGGCCUUCAUAGGCAGCCCAAUCUUCUCCUUCUUGGAGGAUGUGUCACAGGAGGAGGUGGCGACGGCGGUGAGCUGGAUCUGCACCGUUGCUGGUGUGUAG